CUCCAGCAUUCACACUAAACCUCCUCCCUUCUCUUUCUCCCCCAUUCACGGCGCUCAGUCAUGUGUGGACGGAUAGUGCCGUGAGUGCUGGAGCUUCUGAGGCUUUUCCUCUGCGGUCUGAGCUGAAAAGAAAACAACCUGACUCUCGGUCAUCGCCCUUUUUCUGAGAUGUGGCUAACGCGCCCUGGACAUUUUCACCUCGCGUUCUGCUGAUGUUUUUUCCUCUAACGGGAGAUGAUAAAGACGCCGUGAGAACAACCGACAACACACGGCACGUUGCUUAUGCCUUCACUGCUCUGCUGCAUCCUCCAACAGCUCGGCGUUUUGUUUCUCUGCUUUAGCCCGGCCGGACGGACAGGCUCGGAUGUUUCUUCAGAAUGAAUCAGAGGGACUGAACUGGCUCCUUCGCUUUUGAUGUGGAGAACUAAGACGUGCUGAUCAUGGAAGUAAAGGAACGCAGACCGUAUCGCUCUCUGACAGCACGGCGGGACACAGAGCGUCGCUAUACCAGCUCAUCUGCUGACAGUGAGGACGGCAAACUCAACCCCAAAUCUUACAGCUCCAGCGAGACCCUCAAGGCCUUCGACCAAGACCCCCGCAUGACCUAUGGUGGGCGUGCCAAAGAGGUGGUACAUCAUGAAGUGGAUGAGUUCGGAAGGCAAGGAACUGAUUUCUCUCUCCGUGAUCUGGCCUUUGGAGACCCUGUGGCUCCUCAUAUGGCAGCAUACCGUCCAGACUUGGGGAUGCCCCACCGCGAUUACUCGGUCAGUGUGGGCUCGGACGCAGACACAGAGACAGACGGAAUAGUGUCUCCCGAACAUGCAGUGCGGCUCUGGGGCCGCAGCAACACCAAGUCUGGCCGCAGCUCCUGCCUGUCCAGCAGAGCCAACUCUAAUCUGACCCUGACGGACACCGAGCACGAAAACACAGAAAACGGUCCUCCUCUACAUUGCUCAUCUGCCUCCUCCUCCUCCCCUGUUGAGUCCCCAUACCCUCCCCCUUCCCAUGCAGCCAAUGAGAGCCAGGGAAGGUUGCUAGGUAACAGUGGGGCUCAGCCUGGCCAGGAUUCUGAGUCAGAAGAUGAGUUUGGCCCCAGUUCAUUCUUAGUUAAAACUGGCUCAGGGAACGUCUAUGCUCCUGCCACUGCAACUGCUGACGACGGUUCCUUCCAGAACCACUCAAGGCUGCGGACUCCUCCACUCCCCUUGUCUCACUCGCACUCCCCCAGUCAGCAUCAUGCAGCCUCUGUGGGCUCUCUAAGCAGAAGUAACUACACUCCACGCAGCAACGCCAGCCCUGCGCCCACCGACAGCACGGCUGCUCCAGAGGGACCGUCUAGCGCACAGGACUCCGCCAGUGCACAAGACAACUGGCUCCUCAACAGUAAUAUCCCCCUGGAGACCAGAAACAUAGCAAAGCAGACAUUCCUAGAGACUUUACAGGACAACCUUAUAGAGAUGGACAUACUGGCCACAGCUCGCCGCGAUGAUGCUUACACUGACGGACAUUUUCUGUUCAAGCCUGGAGGGACGUCGCCGUUGUACUGCACAACAUCGCCCGGUUAUCCUCUGACCUCCAGCACGGUGUACUCGCCCCCGCCACGGCCACUGCCCCGUACCACUUUCUCCCGUCCUGCCUUCAGCCUAAAGAAGCCCUAUAAGCACUUCAACUGGAAAUGUGCUGCCCUCAGUGCCAUCCUCAUCUCCAUUACCCUGGUGUUUCUGCUGGCCUACUUCAUCGCCAUGCAUCUGUUUGGGUUGAACUGGCACUUGCAGCCCAUGCAGAGGCAGAUGUACCAGCUAGCAGAAGACAACACCAGUGGCCUGUCCUUACCUACAGACCUGGGCCUGCCCCCGCUGGGCAACACUGGUCUGGAGCUUCCAGACCGAAGGGGCAAAGACGAUGGCAAACUGGACAGCUUUUUCCCAGAUGACAGCUUCAUAGACAUGGGCGAGAUAGACGUGGGUCGCAAGGUCUCGCAGCAGAUACCGCCUGGAAUCUUCUGGAGGUCGCAGGUCUUCAUCGACCACCCAAUGUACCUCAAGUUCAAUGUGUCUCUUAGUAAAGAUGCCUUGGUGGGGAUCUAUGGAAGAAGAGGACUUCCACCCUCACACACACAGUUUGACUUUGUGGAGUUGCUGGAUGGCCGGCGACUCCUGGCUCAGGGGGUUCAGGGUCUAGAGGGACCGCCAGCUCUGACCCAGCCACGGAGCCUCAUGCCCCUCAACAGCCAUGACACAGGCUUCAUCCAGUACAUGGACUCAGGCAUCUGGCACCUGGCAGUGUACAAUGACGGGAAGGAGACGGAGCAAGUAUCCUUCCUAACCACGGCUAUAGACUCGAUUGAUGACUGUCCCAGUAACUGUUUCGGUAAUGGAGACUGCAUAGCUGGAACCUGUCAUUGUUUUCUGGGAUUUAGAGGACCAGACUGCGGCAGAGCUUCCUGUCCAGUGCUUUGCAGCGGCAAUGGUCAGUAUCUGAAAGGGCGCUGCAUGUGCCACAGUGGUUGGAAAGGGUCUGAAUGCGAUGUUCCUACCAACCAGUGUAUCGACGUGACCUGCAGUGGACACGGGACGUGCAUAGUGGGAACCUGUAUAUGCAACCCUGGCUACAAGGGAGAAAACUGUGAGGAAGUGGACUGUCUGGACCCCACUUGCUCUGGGCGAGGUGUCUGUGUUCGGGGUGAGUGCCACUGUUUUGUGGGCUGGGGGGGUCCUGGGUGUGAGAGCCCCCGUGCUUCCUGCAUGGACCAAUGUUCAGGCCAUGGGGCCUUCCUGGCUGACACAGGAACCUGCAGCUGUGAUCCCAAUUGGACCGGCCAUGACUGCUCCACAGAGCUUUGUGCGGCGGACUGUGGCGGUCAUGGCGUCUGCGUGGCGGGCGGCUGCCGCUGUGAGGAGGGCUGGACGGGUGCCGGUUGUGACCAGAGGGCGUGUCACCCGCGCUGCAGCGAACACGGCACCUGCAAGGACGGCAAGUGCGAGUGCAGCCCAGGCUGGAACGGAGAACACUGCACCAUCGCUCACUAUCUGGAUAAGGUAGUGAAAGAGGGUUGCCCUGGUCUGUGUAACGGCAAUGGCAGGUGCACGCUGGGUAAUAAUGGCUGGUACUGCGUGUGCCAGCUGGGCUGGAGAGGAACAGGCUGUGACACCUCCAUGGAGACGGCAUGCAGCGACGCCAAGGACAACGACGGAGAUGGCCUGCUGGACUGCAUGGACCCAGACUGCUGCUUGCAGGCUUCAUGCCACACCACCUCUCUCUGUGUGGGCUCUCCGGAUCCACUGGAUAUCAUCCAAGAGACGCAGAUCUCCUCCAGCCCGAGCAACCUGCAGUCCUUCUACCAGCGUGUGCGUUUCCUGGUGGGCCGAGAUAGCACCCACGUCAUCCCCGGGUCCAACCCCUUCGAGGGAAGUCACGCCUGCGUCAUUCGAGGACAAGUGGUCACCUCUGAUGGCACACCGCUGGUUGGAGUGAACAUCAGCUUCAUCAACAACCCAGUUUAUGGAUACACCAUCACCAGACAGGACGGCAGCUUUGACCUGGUCUCUAAUGGCGGUGUGGCUAUCGCUCUGCGCUUUGAGCGUGCUCCAUUCAUCACGCAGGAGCACACGCUGUGGCUGCCAUGGUCACGCUUCUUCGUUAUGGACACCAUCGUCAUGCGGCAUGAGGUCAACGACAUCCCCAGCUGUGACCUCAGCAGCUUCACCCGGCCCAGUCCAGUCGUUCUGCCUGCUCCCCUGACCGCCUUUGCUGGGAACUGCCCUGAGAGGGGUGGCAUCAUCCCUGAGAUUCAGGCUCUACAGGAAGAAGUGCAUAUCCCAGGCACGGAGCUCCGCCUGGGCUAUCUGAGCAGCCGCACUGCUGGCUACAAAUCCCUGUUGAGGGUCACUUUGACGCACGCAGUCAUCCCAUUUAACCUGAUGAAGGUGCACUUGAUGGUGGCGGUAGAGGGUCGUCUCUUCAGGAAGUGGUUCUCGGCUGCUCCUAACCUCUCAUACGAUUUUGUCUGGGACAAGACAGAUGUCUACAGUCAGAAGGUGUACGGCCUGUCGGAGGCUUUCGUGUCUGUGGGGUUUGAGUAUGAGUCAUGUCCUGACCUGAUCCUGUGGGAGAAGAGGACAGCCAUUCUGCAGGGUUACGAGACUGCUGCAUCCAGUCUGGGGGGCUGGAGCAUAGACCAACACCAUGCACUCAACAUACAAAGUGGCAUCCUUCACAAGGGCAAUGGCGAAAACGUCUUCAUUUCCCAGCAGCCCCCAGUCAUCGGGAGUAUCAUGGGUAAUGGGCGGCGGCGCAGUAUCUCCUGUCCGAGCUGUAAUGGCCUGGCUGAUGGAAAUAAGCUUUUAGCUCCUGUAGCUUUGGCCUGUGGCUCUGAUGGCAGCUUAUUUGUAGGUGACUUCAACUAUAUCCGUCGAAUCUUCACCACUGGGAAUGUCACCAGCGUUCUGGAGCUCAGAAAUAAAGAUUUCAGACACAGUAACAGUCCUGCCCACAAAUAUUACCUGGCCACCAGUCCAGUGUCUGGCGCUCUAUACCUGUCAGACACCAGCAGCAGGAAAGUGUUCAAGGUGAAGUCCCUGAACACAGUGAAGGAUGUGGCGAAGAACCUGGAGCUGGUAGCUGGGACAGGAGACCAGUGUCUGCCCUACGACGAGACCCGCUGUGGGGAUGGAGGAAAGGCCGCAGAAGCCACUCUCACCAAUCCAAGAGGCAUCACAGUGGACAAGUAUGGCAUGAUCUUCUUUGUAGACGGCACCAUGAUCCGCCGCAUCGAUCAGAACGGAAUUAUCUCAACAUUGCUGGGCUUCAAUGACUUGACCUCAGCACGACCCCUGAGCUGUGACUCGGUGAUGGACAUCUCGCAGGUGCGUUUGGAAUGGCCCACUGACCUAGCAGUGAGUCCAAUGGACAAUUCCCUAUAUGUGCUGGACAAUAACGUGGUGCUACAGAUAUCUGAGAACCAUCAGGUGAGGAUAGUUGCUGGUCGGCCCAUGCACUGCCAGGUGCCUGGCCUAGACCACUUUUUGGUCAGCAAGGUUGCUGUUCAUGCCACACUGGAAUCCGCCACCGCCUUGGCCGUGUCUCACAAUGGCAUCCUCUACAUCGCCGAAUCUGACGACAAGAAAAUCAACCGUGUGCGACAGGUUUCGACCAAUGGCGAAAUCUCAUUGGUCGCAGGCGCACCUAGUGGCUGCGACUGCAAGAAUGAUGCAAACUGCGACUGCUACUCAGGUGAUGAUGGCUACGCCAAAGACGCAAAACUCAACUCUCCAUCCUCUCUGGCGGUCUCACCUAAUGGUGAGCUCUUCAUUGCUGACCUGGGCAAUAUUCGCAUCCGAUACGUACGCCGAAAUAAGCCUUAUCUCAACCCGCUCAACAUGUAUGAGGUAUCAUCACCUAUUGAUGAUGAACUCUAUCUGUUUGACGCCAAUGGGAGCCACAUCUACACCCAGAGUCUGACCACUGGUGAUUUCCUGUACAACCUGACUUAUUCUGGAGAAGGUGACCUAAGUACUGUCACAGACAAAAACAAGAACAAAGUGACCAUUCGCAGGGACACCACAGGGCUGCCCCUCUGGAUCAUGGCCCCUGAUGGCCAGACCUUCUGGUUCACUAUUGGCACUAAUAAUGCACUCAAGAGUGUUGCUGCCCAAGGUCAAGAACUAGCAAUGAUGACAUACCAUGGAAGCUCAGGACUGCUGGCAACAAAGAGCAAUGAAGAUGGAUGGACCACUUUUUAUGAGUAUGACAGUUACGGGCGACUGACGAACGUGACCUACCCCACAGGCAGGGUGAGCAGUUACCGCACAGAUGCUGACAAUGCAGUGCGUGUGCAGGCUGAAGGCUCCAACAAAGAAGACAUCAUUGUCACAACCAACCUCUCGGCCUCUGGAACCUUCUACACUCUCAUGCAAGAACAAGUAAAGAACAGUUAUUACAUUGGGCUGGAUGGCUCUCUGAGGUUGGUUCUGGCUAAUGGCAUGGAGGUGUCCCUGCAUACAGAACCCCAUCUACUCUCAGGCACGGUCAACCCAACGGUCAGCAAGAGGAACGUCACUCUACCCAUAGACAAUGGCCUCAACUUGGUGGAGUGGAGGCAGAGGAAAGAGCAAGCCAGAGGACAAGUGACUGUAUACGGACGCAGACUGAGGGUUCAUAACAGAAACCUACUGUCCAUGGACUUUGACCGCAUCACCCGAACAGAGAAAGUAUAUGACGACCACAGGAAGUUUACUCUGAGGAUUCAUUAUGACCUUGCAGGCAGACCCACCCUGUGGGCUCCAAGUAGCCGGCUGAAUGGGGUCAACGUCACCUACUCCCCUGGUGGGCAUGUGGCUGGCAUCCAAAGGGGCACCAUGUCCGUCCGAAUGGAAUAUGAUCAGAACGGAAGAAUCACUUCUCAGAUAUUUGCAGAUGGCAAGUCAUGGAGCUAUACUUACCUUGAGAAGUCCAUGGUGCUGUUGCUGUACAGCCAGCGACAGUACAUCUUUGAGUUUGACAAGAACGACCGUCUCUCAUCUGUCACUAUGCCCAACGUGGCCCGACAGACCCUAGAGACUACCCGCUCAAUUGGUUACUAUAGAAACACAUACAGGCCUCCUGAGGGCAAUGCCACUGUGCUGCAGGAUUACACCGAAGAUGGCCUGCUUCUGCAGACGAUUCACCAAGGCACGGGACGUAGGAUCAUCUAUAAGUACGGCAAGCUCUCGCGUCUGCUUGAGAUUCUGUACGACACCACACGGGUCGCUUUCUCGUAUGAUGAGGCGGCAGGCAUGCUGAAGACAGUCAGUCUACAGAGUGAGGGUUUCACCUGCACCAUCCGCUACCGGCAGAUUGGCCCUCUCAUUGACCGACAGAUCUUCCGUUUCAGUGAGGAAGGCAUGGUCAAUGCCCGAUUUGACUACAACUAUGACAACAGCUUCCGAGUCACCAGCAUGCAAGCUGUCAUUAAUGAGACGCCAUUGCCCAUUGAUCUGUACCGCUAUGAUGACGUUUCUGGUAAAACAGAGCAGUUUGGCAAGUUUGGAGUCAUCUACUAUGACAUCAACCAGAUCAUUACAACAGCUGUCAUGACCCACACCAAACACUUUGAUGCCUACGGGCGAGUGAAAGAGGUUCAGUACGAGAUUUUUCGCUCAUUGAUGUACUGGAUGAUGGUGCAGUAUGACAACAUGGGCCGAGUGGUAGCCAAAGAGCUAAAAGUAGGGCCUUAUGCCAAUACCACACGGUACACGUAUGAGUACGAUGCUGAUGGCCAGCUCCAAGUGGUGUCCAUCAAUGACAAGCCCUUGUGGCGCUACAGCUAUGAUCUGAAUGGUAACCUGCACCUGCUGAGUCCAGGCAACAGUGCCCGCCUCACUCCACUACGUUAUGACAUACGGGACCGCAUCACACGACUUGGAGAUGUCCAGUACAGGUUAGAUGAAGAUGGGUUCCUCAGGCAGAGAGGCAAUGACUUUUUUGAAUACAACUCAGCUGGCCUGCUGGUCAGGGCCUACAGCAAGGUUGGCGGAUGGAGCAUAAAAUAUCGUUAUGAUGGUCUGGGCCGCAGAGUGUCCAGUAGGAGCAGCUCAGGUCACCAUCUACAGUUCUUUUAUGCAGACCUGUCCAGCCCUACAAGAGUCACCCACAUGUACAACCAUUCUAGCUCAGAGAUCACCUCACUCUACUAUGACCUUCAGGGCCACCUCUUCGCCAUGGAACUAAGCAGUGGGGAUGAAUAUUAUGUGGCCUGUGAUAACAUUGGCACACCACUGGCUGUAUUCAGUGGUUCAGGUCUCAUGAUCAAGCAGAUCCUUCACACGGCAUUUGGAGAGGUCUACCUGGACUCAAACCCAAGCUUUCAACUGGUGGUGGGCUAUCAGGGUGGCCUCUAUGAACCACUCACAAAGCUGGUGCACAUGGGCCGCAGAGACUACGACGUCCUGGCAGGCCGCUGGACCACACCCGACCAUGACAUCUGGAAGCAGCUGAACAACAACAUUGUGCCCUUUAACCUCUACAUGUUCAAGAACAAUAACCCUCUGAGCAACACACAAGAGACCAAGUGCUACAUGACAGAUGUGAAUAGCUGGUUGGUGACAUUUGGCUUUCAGCUGUAUAAUGUCAUCCCUGGAUAUCGCAAACCAGUCACAGAUGCCAUGGAGCCAUCAUAUGAGCUUAUUCAUACCCAAGUGAAGACACAAGAGUGGGACAGCACCAAGUCUGUACUCGGAGUCCAGUGUGAGGUCCAGAGACAGCUCAAGUCCUUCGUCCGGCUGGAGCGCUUUGACCAGAUCUACAGAGCAAGUGGUGCUGGCUGCCAGCAGUUACCUGGCCACACGUCCUUUGCUUCAGGAAGUUCAAUGUUUGGGAAAGGAGUGAAACUGGCCAUCCGGGAGGGUCGUGUGAGCGCUGACAUAAUCAGCCUGGCCAACGAGGAUGACCGACGGUUGGCCGCCGUUUUAGACCAGGCCAUUUACCUGCAGGACCUUCACUUCACCAUUGCUGGCAUUGACACACACUACUUUGUUAAACUGGGGCCAGUAGAGGGCGACCUGACACUUUUAGGCAUGACGGUGGGUCGCCGGACGCUGGAGACGGGUGUGAAUGUGUCAGUCUCGCAGGUCAACGCUGUGUUGGGUGGCCGGACACGCCGCAUCACAGAUGUGAGGCUGCAGCAUGGCACGCUAAGCCUGAAUGUGCGCUACGGCAGCAGCGUUGAGGAGGAAAAGGUCCGGGUGCUGGAGCUGGCCAGGCAGAGGGUGGUGGAUGCGGCCUGGACCCGAGAGCGCCUCAGGCUUCGGCAGGGCGAGGACGGCACCCGCACAUGGACAGACGGAGAGAGGCAGCAGCUUCUGGCCUCAGGCCGCGUACAAGGCUACGAGGGCUACUACAUUGUUUCCGUGGACCAGUUCCCUGAGCUGGCUGACAGCGUCAGCAACGUCCACUUUCUGCGACAGAGCGAAAUGGGCCGCAGGUGACAUGACGGUGCCACUUGGACUCCGGGACCUCUUGCCAAAGACAAGUUGCUUACGUGACCACUUUGUUUAAUUUUAGUUUAUUUCAUUUGUUUAUUUCCUUAAAAUGUGUCUUGACUUUUUUUCAAAAAAAAAAAAAAAAAAAAAAAGAGAAAAGAAAGAACUUCAUGCUUGCAAAGCAGUUGCACUUCAUAGACAUUUGAGUGCUCUUUUUUUUUUUUGGAAUUCCUCAACAGUCUUUGCCCUUUGAGUUGUGGCUGCUAGAGGAAUGGCAUAUGGCGACGUCAGCUACUCUGUUCUGCCUCCCUGUCUACAGAUCUGCUCAAAGGAAAGCCUAGAAGACUGGCUGCUAGUGCAUUAUGGUCAUUUGCUGGUUCUGCUGCCAGGUGGAGCAGAUUGGCACUCAGCUUCACCUCCAUCCUGCCUUUGCCCCCCUCCCCACACCACAGCCAAGGAGAGACAUUCUUUUUUUUUUUUAUUCGCUUCUUUUUAUACUUGAAAGCCUGACCAUGCCACACUCAAAGGAGGACGACGGUGUCUGUUGUUUAGGCUUCUAAUUACCCCCUCUCUCCCGCCCAUUCAUCCUCGACUCCUGUCACGGUGUCGCAUGCCGUUUCCUGACUGGUUCCUAGUAUUUUUUUACUGUCCAAAUUUGACCAAAUGGAUAAAAAAGGAUUGAGUUUGUCCAAAAAAGACUUGUCCAAAUAAGUGGCGAAACAGAAAAUAGUUCCCCAUGGUCUUAUGAAAAUGAAAAUGGCACUGUUUGAAAAUGUAGUAGAAGGUUUCUGUAUUAAAAUGAAUAUUUUACUAAAAUAGUUCAAAAAUCACUCCAAAUUUUAUUUCAUAGCUGCAUAUAUGGAAGUACAGUAUAACUAAUGUGAAUACAUUACAAAAAAUGUGAACUGUUGUCCCUUUUACUGCUAACUGUUGUAUUUGAACGAUGCCUAGUGUUCUGACACAUGGAAUAAAGUAUAUAUAUGUUUGGGAAUGUCAAUCGGUUAAAUUAAUUUGUUUGCUUUUAAUUGUUAAAGAAAAGAAAGAUUUUAAUAUGCUAAACCGUUCCUUUUAAGGAUAACAGUAUUUAUUUUAGUAAUGUGCUUUUUAAAGCAAUAUUCCUCCUCUUUUGUUCCCUAUGUGCAAGAGAUGUGAAUGCUUAAAACACAAGAAAAAAAAAGACAGCACAUUGCUUAGCCAUUCCCUUUCUCAAGGUGUGGAGUGCUAGCCUUGAACACUGGGCUAAGGACAGAUUUAAAGCCCUGUGGGAUGCCUGAGGGUCAGAAUCUUAAGUGCCCUGGAUGUGAAAGACGAGACCCCACUGAGUCCCACAGCUGCCUGAGAUGCAUUAAGCAUCUGCAGGUGUGUAGGUUGCUGUCUACUAGCUGAGGGGUUUACAUGCAUGCCAAUCUGGCAACCCGCCACCUGGAUAUAACUUGCUGCUUCUUAUAUGUGUCCUAUAGCUCAUCUAUGCGCUGAACAUAAAAGGGCGUCCAGUGUAGCCUUGCUCUGGCUUUAAAUGUACGAGGUGGAACAAAAUGGUGUUAAUGUGUUGGACAUGGUGUCGUGCUGGCACCCCUCAUGGAAGCGGUCAGUAGCUAAAUCUGUCUCUGACUGAAGCUGUUUAUGUGACUGGGGAAGGUUUGAGGAGAAGAGUAGUUCAGUGAUCAAGUGUCUGUAAAAUACUGUCAAGCAUAUUUUUGUUGUCAAUUGGAUGUUGGAUACAGUGACAAUACGUUGGACAAUAUUGCUGUAAAAAAAAAAAAAGUCUGGCUGAAGGAAAAAAUGUGCAUCGUGGUGACUGCACUGACAACUGCGUUGUGAGGCUGUAAUUUUUUUCUAAGGAUUUGGGCUCAUUUGGAUUUUUUUUUGUUUGUUUGUUCUCAACAGUGUGUUUCUAUUGCUUCUCUUUGAACCUGUAAAUAAGAGGGCAAGAAAUGGGCUGUAAAUAAAAUGCAAAUGUAGAUACCUUUUAGAGCUACAGCAGUGAAUCUGUGUAGUCUUUAGGUGAAGAGGAAAAAAUAAAGAAUAUUUUGUGUUUACAUUA